AUGGCAGUCAAGUCGAUGGUUCAGCCGGCUACCGCCUUCCACAUGACAACUCAGAGCUGUGCUACGCGGAAGCAGGCGCCAGAGGCGAGCUCGUCUUCGGACAGUUUGCCCCUGUCGUCGAGCCCCUCCUCGUCAGCAACGGCGGCCAGUUCUCAGACGAAGGGCAAGAAGAGGAAGGCCGCGGAGAUGCGGUCGGAUAGUCCUGAUGAGGUCAUAGAGGCCAAAAGACAACGGCCAGAUCCAGAAGAAAGGGCGUCUGGCCAGGGCGAGCAGCCCACCGACCUUGACUACAACAAAGAACAGCAGUACUGGCCACAGUACAAUCCGAAGAAGCCGGUGUACUAUACCAGCGCCGGGACCAGGUACCGGCCGGGGUCCGCCGGCGGUGGCUCGGAGACACGGUCGCCCAAGAAGUCCACCCGGGGAGGUGGCCGUGGCCGUGGGGGUGGUCACGCGAACAGCGGUGGCCGGAAGGGCAGACAGAAGGGCAAAGGGGCCCGGGGCGGAGAAAGCCCAGAACCACCAAACCGGCGGCGUCCCUUGACGCAGGAUGACCGGGUGGAGAUCUCCAUGCUCAAGGCAAGGCAGCAAGAACUCAAGCGGUUCUUUAAGGUUGUCGGGGCCCAACAGAUCGACAUCCUUGACCAGCUGGCGUCCGGGGAUCUGUCCAAGAUCGCGCGGAAGCCUAAAGCCCACAAGCAUGUCCCAGAGCAUGACAUGGCUACGGAAACUCUGGAACAGCUCAUGGAAAGCGCUCAAGACACAAUCACGGCGAGAUACCGGGUGCAGGUGGAGCACGAGGUACGGCGGAUGAUGCAAGAGAAGGAGGUGAUCGAACGGCAGUUCAAGACACACGUUGCCGAAGCCCGCAAAGAGCACCUCGCUGGUGCCGAAGGAGACAUCAUCCUCUUCGAGCGAGCCUAUCGUGCAGCACAUGAUGACACCCAUACCGAAUCCGGUUCUGAUAUGGACUAUUUCCCUCACUACCACGAAUUACCUGAAGCAGACAGGCAGCCACGAGGUUAUGUCUCCAGCAAAAUCAUGGAUGAAAAGCCAUUCAAGCAACAGCUGGCCUCUUUCGACGAGCAGGCACGGCAGGAAGUACUGAAUGAAGAUGUUAUCAGGCCUCUCCUGAAACAGAUGGAACGACGCAACAAUGAGUGGCGGGAAGAGCUCAUUCGCAAGAAGUCACAGAACCUCGACGCGCUCUCAGCAGAAGCCAUCAAGGAGCUGGAGAACAUCAAGGGCUACCUUGUGCCGAGACCCUUCAAGAUGGGUGACAGCGGAUCUUAUGCGUUGUCAGCCCUGGCCGACGUUUCCGAGUGGAUUGCACAACAGCAACCGGAGCGACAGUACAUAUACAUGCCACUGGCGCCUGGCGAUAGCUUUCCUCGUGAAGCAUUGGACUUCUCUCCUCUUCCCGGACAGGCGCCUCAAGUGGGACGUCCAACAUCAUCGAACCAGAACCAUUUCCAAUAUCCAGCCAACAACAGACUGUUCUCGACACUGCCGCCGCCUCCGGCUCCUAUACCCGCCACCGGACCUGGUGACCGAACUCUACCUCGGAUUGUAACAAGUGCACCUGGUGAUCCUACUCUCCCUAGAAUUCUGCCCAACGGACCGGGCGAGACAAACAUGACUCUGCCUCGCAUAGUGUCAAGUGGACCUGGUCAGCCCAUUGCUCCGGCACCACCAAAACAGCCUGCUCCUCGCGCAUCCGGUCCGUCCCUGUUUCGAUACAGCACACGGAUGAGCGCACAGCCGCAACAACCUUCUCCGACAAUGACGAAUGGACCACAACAAUUCAUCUUCCAACCACCACAACAGCCCUACCAACACCAGCCUGCUCCGGGGCCUCUCUCGACGCCGCAAUAUGGUCCGACCGGUGCAGGAGCUCCGAUUGGACAGCAGACCAAGAUCCCGAUAACUUUCGUCAAUCAGACGAUCGCGAGUCGGAAUGCAGCAGCUGCAUCGGCCGCGUCUGCGGGAAACGGAAACGGAAACGCCAAUGCCAACGGUAAGGGCGGACAGAGGAUAUUGUUGCCCAAAGUCUGA